AUGUACUGUGUCAUUCAUCACUAUGCCUUGGCUUCACAUGGCCUGCCCGAGUCCAUCCAGGUUGUUCUGGAUGACGUGAUCAAGAUUGAGAAUUCUGAAGAUAUCCUCAACCACAUGAUGACAGACUUUAGAGAUCACUUGACCGGCCUCUUGGAAAGCUUGCAUAAGUACUUUUCAGAUUUGAAUAGUACCAACAAUGAAUGGAUAAGAAAUCCUUUUGAUGUGAGUGAAGAUAUCAUUCCCGAUGAGGACUGUUCAGCAAAAGAAGAAUUUCUCACAUUCAAGCAUGAUGCAUGGAAACUAAUGUUUGAGGCCAAGGCUGGUCUAGACACCUUUUGGAUCUCUUGUUUGCAGGACAUAUCAACACUAGCCUCUAGAGCAGUACAAAUUUUCAUAGGAUUUUCUACCACUCAUCUCUGCGAGCAAGCUUUCUCUACUGUCCUUGGAAUGAAGACCAAAAAGCAUAACAAACUCAACGUGUCACUGUCGUAUAAUGCCCACUUAGUCCGUUCUGUAACCAAGCCCAGAAUGGAAAAUAUCGCACAAGCAAUACAAGCUCCACUCUCACAAUGA